AUGCUCUUGAGAAGAAAAGAAGGAAGAGGACCUGCCCCUGAGGAUGGCCAUGCUGGACACAAUGAUCGCCGGGCCAAGAACAGAGACAUCUGCACAACACCCGCGGUACAGAAUAUCAAAGCAGCACAGCUGCACGCUGCAAGUCGGCGAGGCCGACCGCAAUUGUCAAAGAGCUUGACGCAACAAACGCAAAAGAUGACGGGACAGGCUCGGAAGGGAUGUAUUCCCUGGGAGAAAACACCAGAAGAUUACAACUGGGAUCUGACUGGAGGAGAAUUAAGGGAAUGA